AUGUCACAAGUGAGAGAUUCAGUCGAAGUUGAAACUGCCAAGCUGAAGCUGAAAGCCCCCACGGAUGAACAAUAUAGAUUCUGCUUCCAAGGGAGAAAAAAGAAGACAGCCUCCUCAGAGUCUCACGAUGUGCGAUUCAUUCUCCACGACUUGAUCUUUUGUCCAGAAGAAGGCUCUUGCUAUGACGACUUCGCUGGCUCACCAAUACCACAGAAGCGCUGUUGUAUAAGUAAUCCUGGACAAUAA